AUGGAUCGCCCACGGGGCCUGAGGAGGCCUCAGUCAGGGAGGAGAGCCAGGUCUCUGGACAGGUCACAGAACCCCAGGAAGGACUCUGAGUCGUGGGACUGCCAGUGCCUUUCGCUGUCCAGCACCCCCUCCAGGAGGGCACUUCGCCGGGCGGUCAGCGACGGGCCCGGACGUCCGGAGAGCCCAGCUCAGGCUGCGGAGACUCAGGGCACCACGGCCACAGCCCUCGGCCCGGAGGAGACCAAAGAGUUUCUCCCCACUGAGCAGAGGCCACUGCAGGACGCCAAGAAAGACAAGGCCCAGAGAGGGGCCCAGCAGGGGUGGCUGAAGACCCUGCUGAACUUCUUCCUGAGGACAGGCCCCGAGGAACCCAAAGAAAAGGCCAGCAGGAGGGCAAAGGGGAAGGAGGGCCUCUCACAGCCUGCAGAAGCCCCUGAGGCACCGGGGGAGCCAGCUUCCAGGAAGAAAGCCCACGACAAGAAGGCCAGCCGCAAGAAACAUGGCCACAAGCAACGUGGUGAGGAAACCAAGAGGGCCCAAGACGGGGAGGUGGCAGGCCAAGAGGCAGGGCUGCCCGGGACGGCUGCUGCCUCGCGCUCCGAGGAGGCUGACCUGGGCCCAGCUCGCAGGGGCGGGGGCGAUUCUGCUCUCCACCAGGCCUUGCCCAUCGAAGGUGAGGGUGCUGGAGUCUCAGAGGUGUUUGCCCACGUCACAAGUCACCAGCGGGAAGAGGAGCUCACAGAGCUUGACCAGGAUGCUACCAUCCAGAUGAUAGUGGAAUUUCUCAAAAAAGUGGGAGACCAGUGGGAAGAAGAGCAACUUCAAGCCCCUCCGCUAAAGGUAGCUCCACAAAAUCCAGCGCCGGCCUUCAGGAGGAAAUCUCAAGAGAAAAAGUCUGGCCUCAAGAGAAGCUUUUCUGUUAAGAAACAUGUCUCGGAGGAACCCAAGAGAGCAGGGGCUGUAGAUGUUUCCAGCCCGGAGUCCCGGCUGCCCAGGAGGCCCAGCUUUCUGCACCUGUGUGUUGGGGGCCAGCGGCCCUCCAGCUCCAGCAGCCUUGGCUUGGAAGAACCUGAAGUCCAGGAGGCCUUGUCUACAGAUGUCGCUGGUCCAAGCCCCUUCGAGCUUUCCACGCCAGGCAGCUGGGCACCUGAAGAGGACUUGCAGCUGGACAGAGCCUCGGAAUCCCGAGAAUUCACCCAGAAGAUCAUUGCCCUACUCCAUCACGCAGAGGAGCAGGAGCGAGAGAAGCAACUUCAAGUCCAGGAGCCAGAGGUGGCUGUAGAAAACCUGGCCCCAGCCUGCAGAAAGAAAUCCCAAGAGAAAAAGUCCAACUUGCGAAGAUCACACAGAGCCUUUUCUAAGAAACGUGGCUUCAAGGAGGCCAAGAAAGGGGGUGCUGCCCGUGCUGCCAGCCCGGAGUCCCGGCCACUCAGGAGGCCCAGCUUGCCGCCCCUGUGUGUUGGGGGCCAACGGCCCCCCAUCUCCAGCAGCCUUGAUUUGGAGGCUCUUGAGUUCCAGGAGUCCUCGCCUGCAGAAGGGGGUCCCGUUGGAUCCUCAGAAGCACCCUCCCAGGCCAGAAGCCACAAGCCAGAAGGGGUACCUCAGCUGGAUGGAGCCUGUGAAUCCAAGGAGCUGAUCAUCCAGAAGCUGGUGGCUCUUCUCCAAGAAGCGGAUGGCCAGUUGGGGGAGCAGAUCAGGCGACACCCCGACUUUAAGAGGUGUUUUUACAAGCUCUCAGACUCCUCCCUUAGAAAGCUGGUGGCCACCCUGAGCAGCCGGGAGGCCCACUCCACGGAGCCCCACAGGAACCUCGUCGAGAGAUCCUACCAGUUUGCCUUUGGCUUGGCCGACAAAUUUGCUGGCAACAAUAGCCACGCCGUCCUCAGCCUCGUGGGCCUACACUACAGCCGACACAGUUACCCCCAGUUCCCACACGGGGAGGCCCCUCAGGUGAGAGGGGGCAGUCUGGCACAGGCGACAACAGGCUUGUGGUCACGACAGGACCUAUUCGCUGUCCUCUCCCCUCCCCUGCUUAGUGCAGGACUUUUGGGGUCUAGCUCAAAUGCCACCUCCUUGCUGAGGCCUUCUGAGACAAUUCUACACCACGGUGACCUUUUUCUUUCCCAAAACCCUCAUUGGCUUUACUGGAUAGUGAGCACCUUCUUCAUUUGGCUCUGGUCUCUAACUGUACAUGCGUUUUUACCCUGUUGAUACCAGUAUGGAAUAUUGGACUGUCUACUGUCCUAGCUUGCCCUCUUAUUAUUUCAUGGGUUCUGCUGCUUGGCUUCCCAAUUCUAGGCUGUCAUAAAAUUUAAAUAACAAAGCAGAAUAAGGUUCCAUAUCAAAUAAGGGAUGGUUGAGGU